CCCGCAUUCUACGGCUGAGACGUUAGGGUUUAUGAAGCUUUUUGGAAUCAAUGUGAUCGGAUUAGAUCACAGUCGUAGAAGUUUGAGCAUGUAUGGUAACAGCGUGAGGUCAAACAUCUUCAAGCCGAUUAAAGCGGAGAAUGACUCUGGCGCGUCUUUGGUUAAUGAUUGUGCUGAAUAUUCUGGUAAUAAUAUCGGCCAGAUGUCAAAUAUAGGGAAAUCGACAAACAUUUUGUGGCAUGGAACUCCAGUUCAGAAACAUGAUAGACAAAGGCUACUUCAGCAAAAAGGCUGUGUCAUUUGGUUAACUGGUCUUAGUGGAUCAGGGAAAAGCACUCUAGCCUGUGUUUUGAGUCAAAAUUUGCACUCCAGAGGAAAACUGGCUUAUAUACUUGAUGGGGAUAAUGUUCGGCAUGGUCUAAACAAAGAUCUUAGUUUUAGAGCUGAAGAUCGUUCAGAAAACAUACGAAGGAUUGGUGAGGUAGCAAAACUCCUUGCAGAUGCUGGUGUUAUUUGCAUUACGAGUUUAAUAUCUCCGUACCGAAAGGAUAGGGAUGCUUGCCGAGCACUACUUUCGAAGGGAGAUUUUAUUGAGGUUUUCUUAGAUGCGCCCCUAGACUUGUGUGAAUCAAGGGACCCAAAGGGACUCUACAAGCUUGCCCGAGCUGGGAAGAUAAAAGGUUUCACAGGAAUAGACGAUCCAUAUGAACCACCAUCUAGUUGUGAGAUAGUAUUACAGCAGAAAGGAAGUGACUGUGCUUCUCCGGGGGACAUGGCAGAAAGAGUGAUAGCAUAUUUGGAGGACAAUGGUUACCUGCGGGCCUAAGGGGCCUUCCUUUCUUGUUUGUUACUGUCAUAAUAUUUAUUUGUAAUAUUGACUGCAGCAAUAAAGCUAGCUGCAAGGAAAUAACUGUUUCCCGCAA